AUGGUCAACGUCGAGCUGCGUCGGCAGGUCAUCAACGUCUACAAAGAGCUGCUGUGGCUAGGACGCGAAUAUCCCCUGGGUUAUCAGUACUUCAGGGACCGUCUUCAUCGUGCAUUUACGGGCCAAGCGCAUCUUACGGACGAGGACCAAAUUCGAAAGGGGAUUGCUCGAGCUGAGUUUGUGAAGAAAGAGGUUGAAACACUGUACUACUUGAAGCGGUACCGAACGCUUAAAAAGCGGUAUGAGAGUAGCUGA